AUGAUCAGAAACGCGCCAACACGGGCGGCAACCAUAACUAGUAACCUAGAACCUAAAUUAGGCCUCAGUUUACAAAGUCAGACAGUUUCUUUGGCCCCAAUACCCAUUAGAAUGGCUCGAAAGUCGCCGUCGGUACCAAAAAAUAAAUUUCUAAAAUGUCAUGCUUCAAACCAAGUAUCUCUGUCUCUCUCAAGGCACUCAUCUACUGCCGCUAGACCCUCAUCCGAGUCUAUUGUGAGGGCCCAAAAAAUCGACACCCCUUCACAGAGCAACGCACAGAUAGCUGAAAACUCUCAUCUUGACUGGAAUACAUUUUUUCAGCUCCGAAAAAAACGACGCUGGUAUCAACAAGGUCUAUCCAUUGGUUCAAGCAUAGGCGGCGUCGUGGGGGGAGCCCAGGUCCUAACCAGUUAUGAUAUUGAUGCACUAGUUGCACAGUUUCCAUUAGAUCCUUUUAUUUCUCUUGGUCUCAUCACUUGUCUUUUUGGUGGGGUAGGCUGGCUCUUCGGGCCGGUGGUGGGAACGGCUAUGUUCAAUUUUAAAAAUCGGACGUGGAAGAAUGAGAUUGAUAACAAAGAAAGAGAGUUUUACAAAAGAGUUCGGAAACAUAGGGUUGAUCCGAGUAAUAGCAGUAUCGCAAAUCCAGUUCCCGAUUAUUAUGGGGAAAAAAUUUCAAGUGUUGCUAGCUAUCGGCAGUGGCUUAAAGACUGCCGAGCUUUCAACAAAAAACGAACAACCUAUUUGGAAUAA